UAUAUAUAGAGUGAGAGGGACGAAGGACUCUGUUGUAGAGAGAGAUAAGAGAGUUAGAGAAUGGAGAUACUGGAGAGAUAUUAAAGAGUUUCGAGCUCUAUUCCUCCUACCUUCACCGUUCUCUUCUCUUUCCGGAGAACAACAUCGGUUUUUAUAGGCGAUGUCGUCGUUUGAUUUCGUUCAAACUUCGAAUGCCGUCGAGAAUUUCGAUUUUUCCGGUGAUUCUGCCGUUUGAUUUCGUGAAAAUUUUUGCGUUCCGGCGAGAUUUAUCCUUUUCCGGCGUUGUCACCGUUUAUUUUCCAAAACUUUCCUAUUGCGCCGAUCAAGUUUCAAUUUUUCGGUGAUAUUAGGGACCUAAUGAUCACUUAUCUCUGUAAAUCUGUGGGUAUCUCAGAUUUUUGAUAGCAAAGCCGCGAACCAAGUCUUUUCUUGGAUCCGUUAAAUCAAAUCAGACGUAGUUUUCUGAUUUUGAAUUUGAUGCCUUUGAGUUUGGUUGAUCAUUUGGGUGUGUGUGAGAAUUUUGGAGUGUUGAGUGGAUUGUAGAGUCUCUGAUACUCUGUUAAAAAUUUCCGACUUUAAUUAUGACUUUGGAGUUGGGUUAAAUGUUGUUUGGUUUUCCUUAUUUAAGGUCCUAUUAAUGUCAAUAAUUUGUUGACAUCUUUGUUGGUUGCGAUCUAAAGAAAGUUGAGAUAUUUUUGUGAAUCAUUUGACUAUGUUUUAUAUAGCUUUUUCAAAGCUUUCUUCAUUACAGCCGAGAUUAAUGUUUUGUUUGGACUGAAUUAAUUCAAUUCAACUCGACUCAGCAAAGCAUUUUCCCAACUAUUUGGAUUGAAUUAAUAUCUUCCCUAAUUUGGUUUAUUUGUACCAAUGAAUUCAAUCAUUUUUCUAAUUUAAUGGUUACUGCAACAGGCAGAAACCCCUUUCAAUUCUUCGAUUCUUCGGCUUCCAAUUCUUUGCUUCAAUUCUAGAAGCCGAAUUCCUUUUAUUGGUACUUCACUUCUCUGCAGACUUUGUGUUUGUAGAAAUGGCUGUUUCUUUUACCCAUCUUUCAUGGUGGUUGUGGGGUGGGAAAGAUAAAGAGCCUCUUUGUAAUGGGUCUUCAAUGAAUUCUUCUUCGGAUUGGGGUUUAGGUUUGAGGGAACCAGAUACAGUGAAAUUUCCAUCGGUUAAAGGGUCGAAGAUGGUCAGCUCAACAAGGAAGGUAAAGAGGAAAUGGAGAAGCAGGGAGGAAAGGAAAAUUGACAAGGAGUGUGAUGCUGUGUUGGUGCCAUCAGACGGUGUUUGUUUGUCGGGGUCUGAAACCGAUGACUCGGACUGGUCAAUUGGGUGGCUGGAACCGCACGCCCCCGAUUUCCAGAGGGAUGAUGAGGAGGCAGACAACAGUUUUGCAGUGUUAGUUCCUUGCUAUAAGCAUGAAUUCAAGGAGCUGGAGGAAGAACCCAACAAUCAGUUCUUUAGUGCCAUCAACAACCUCCCAAACGAGUACUCUGAUGAGCGCAAGAAGUACAUGGAGCAGUUUAUUUCGUCCUUAUGGUCCUUGCAUGAUUAGUUCUUAAUUAUGUGGUCAUCCAUGUGAAGAACUGACACUGUUAUGGUACAGAGGAUUAGAAAGUAUAAGCGGAAGAACUUAUAAGAGAUACAAAAGGUUGAAGUUGAGAACUCGGGUGUGUAUUAGGCUCUGCAACUGCAUCUCGGGUAGAAGUGCAGAGGAUCAUCAUAUGUCAAAGUUGAGGGUUAUUUUGUUUCAGUUGAGAAAACAGAUUGAGCAUCUACAAUUUAGCGACGACGACAAGUGACAUCGAUCUUGCUGUUUUCCAGCACAUUUUGUAAAAUUCUCUAGCUUACCAGGUCUCGUUUCAACUGUUACAAGGGGAAACUUGAAAUCUAAUGCAGAUUCUUUAAUGUAAAUACUGCUGCUGUAAAUAUGUAGAAUAUGUUUAUACCUUCUACUUGCUGCUAUUGUAAAUAAUUCUCUUCUUUUCUGAAGAGGUGAAAUCAAGAGCCAGCCAUUUGUCAAUAUAGGUUUUCAUGUUUUUCUAUCA